AUGAACCGAGGCAUACGACUUUUCAGGGUGUGUUUGCAGAAGCGAACCCGUGGUAUUGGGGCAGGGCUAUGCUCUUUCCCCGCCUACAAAUCUCAUCUCUCUACGGCUUCGGGAGCUGCUGCAAAACAUCAGGAUUUAUUGGACGAGGAUCUUCUGGAUUCGGAUAGUAUUCCUGGUUCUUUAAAUUCGCAUAUUCUUGUUGAUUCUGCUUUUGUUACUGCGGGUUUACCUGGGAAUUAUUCUUCUUCUUCUUCUUCUUCUCGAGAUAUUGUUACGCGGGUGGUUAAGAUGAGUAAAUUUGGACAGACUAUACAUCCCGAUACCUCACAUUCGUUGGAAGUGAGAAGACAAAACAAAACAUUGGGACUUGUUCCUCCUAAUGUGGAAAGCUAUGCGCUGCAGACUCAGAGAUGUCUUAAGCAAUUGAAGGCAAAGACUAGUCCCAUUGAGAAAUAUAUGUACCUCAGUUUAUAUCUUUCCUACCAUGAUCGAGGCAACCUAGCAGAAAUUCUCAGUAAUUGGCGUCAACCUGAAGUUGAGAUGACAGUUGUUACUGACGGUUCUCGCAUUCUUGGUUUGGGUGAUCUUGGUGUUAAUGGUAUGGGUAUUCCAGUUGGUAAAUUGUCAUUAUAUACUGGUUGUGCUGGUAUUCAUCCUUCCAAGACUUUACCAAUUACUCUGGAUCUUGGGACUAAUAAUGAGACGUUCCUUAAUGAUCCGUUAUAUAUGGGAAAUCGUAUGAAGAGGGUUUCUUCCAAGGAGGAAGCUGAGUUUAUGGAGGAGUUAAUGGUAGCCUUGAAUAAAAUUUGGCCCGGGAUCAUCGUUCAAUAUGAGGAUUUCAAAAAUCCAUUCCAAUCUCUCGCAAAAUAUCAAAACCAGUAUCCUUGCUUCAAUGAUGAUAUUCAAGGUACUGGUGCGGUUAUUCUGGCAGGUAUCAUUAAUGCUUUACGCCGAACAGGUAUUCCUGCUAAAGAUCAAAGAGCUGUUUUCAUGGGCGCAGGUAGCGCUGGUGUAGGCGUUGCUCAACAAAUUGUAGAAUUCUUCCGAAAGGAGGGAUUGACUGAAGAUGAGGCUCGUCGUUGCUUUUGGUUUGUGGAUACCAAGGGUCUGAUCACAAAUGAUAGAGGUGAUAAAUUGGCCGAGCAUAAGGUCUACUUUUCUCGUGAUGAUAACGAGGGAAAACAAUUCAAAACUCUGCCGGAAGUGGUCGAAUAUGUUAAGCCUACAAUCUUGAUGGGUUUAUCCACCAUCCGAGGAAUUUUCGAUGAAUCCAUUGUUAAGAAAAUGGCAAAGUUAAACAAGAACCCCAUUAUAUUUCCAUUGUCAAAUCCUUCUAGUCAAGCUGAAUGUACAUUCGAGGAAGCUAUGAAAUGGACAGAUUGUCGAGCUUUGUUUGCUAGUGGAAGUCCAUUCCCGGAUUAUGUUCAUGAUGACAAGACAUAUUCUGCUGGGCAAGGAAACAAUAUGUAUGUUUUCCCAGGUAUCGGACUUGGAUCAAUUCUUUGCAAAACCUCAUGCAUCAAUCAAGAAAUGAUCUAUGCCUCAGCCGAAGCCCUCAGCACCUCCCUCACCCCUUCCGAAAUAUCUUCCGGUCGUCUCUACCCUAAACUCAACCGUAUCCGCGAAGUAAGCGUCAUCGUUGCUCGCCAAGUGAUUCGCGCAGCUCAACAAUUCAAUUUCGAUCGUGAACCUGCUAUCCGCGGCAUGAACGAUGAGCAACUCGACGAGUGGAUUAAGGGAAGAAUCGGCGGUUACGGGUCAGGGGACUUGGUUUUGGUGGGAUUGGUGGAGAUGGUUUCCUAG